CGAAAAAAAGCAGAAGUUAUUCGGCUAAGGUGGGGCAGAGUCAGGUGAUCAUCGGCAGCUAGCUUAACGCACAGACACAGACAAUGGCAUUCACAGAGAGGUGAACGUGGGAAAACAGGGCUCGGGUUUGGCUUUCUUGGAUCCAAAGUGGGUAUUUAAAGAGCCUGUGAGCUCCAGUAACAUAUCUUUUUGUAAACGAAGUUGUUUUAAAAAGGAGAAUCAGUGGAGGGAGCCCCUCGGAUCGGUGUGUGGGAGGGGCGACACAAGCCCGACCGCAGUCAGUCAGUCAGUCGUUAGGCAGCUGAAGCUGACCGGACCGGAUCAUCGUCGACCCCCCAACCGAAAUCUGAUUUUGGGGAUUCUCCUUUUGGAUGCUACUUUGCUCCACGACCCGCCCUGCUUUGGCUGAUGGAAACAGACAUCCGUGAAAAUGUGCGCGAAUGUGUUCGGAGUUUUGAAAAGCCUGUUUGGGAAGCCCUUUGAUGGUGGGAAGAGGAUGGACCAUGGCGGCCCACAGCAGCAGCAACAGCAUCCAAUGGAGCAGCAGCAGCAGGCGUAUUAUGCGCAGCACCCUGCCAUGAUGCGGCUGUACGAGGUCCAGAAGGAGGUGGCGUCUCUGGGGCCUCAGGUCUGCACCUUCAGCGGCCUGCAAAACGACCGUGACUACAAGCGUCUGGAGCGCGAGCUGACGCGGCUGCUGCUGGACGUGGACCAGGUGGACACGGAGGGCAAACCGGAGCUGCAGGGGGCACGAAAGAGAGCAGCACAGGAGGUGGAGGGCCUCCUGCGUUACCUGGAGGAGAACAGCUCUCAUCCAUCCCGCCUAGCCAUCGAGGAGCUGAGCAACGAGGCGCGGCGGCUGGUGGACGAACGCAUUGUGGCACCUCAACGUGGCGGCGGGGUGGCCGAAAUCAACGACGAGCUGGUGGAUGCUCUGCAGGAGCUCGUGCUGAGGCUCACCCAAGUCAAGACCGAGGGGAGGGUGCCGCUCCGCAAGGCACGCUACCGGGCGCUGACACGCCUGUGCGCCGUACAGGAUGUGUUCGAAGGGCGCACGCAGCAGCAGACCCUCUCCCUGCCGCUGUCGGGGGACACCCACGAGGCCGUGCACUGCAUCAACCAGGUGAUGGUGAAGGUGAGCGUGGCGCGCAGUCAGCUGGUGGCUCUGCUGAUGGGUCUGAGUGGGAGGGACAGCUGCGCCCACCUGUCACGAAUCCUGACGGAGAUGCAGGUGGAGCUGGACGCGCUGGAUGUUUCUGGAAACGCAGCAAUCAGAAAUUACCGGAAACAGGUUGUGGAAGAGAUUAACGGGCUGCUGAAACAUCUGGACCUGGAGGGGGAGGGAGACGACACGCGCAGGUACGACUUGGCGCAGAACAACUCCAUCCGUGAGAUCGAGGCGGUGCGAGCUCACGUCUGCCACCUGCGAGAGGGCGUCCUGCGGCACUGCGUGAUGGGGGAUCUGAGCUUCAGGCCCAAAGCUGAGCUGCAGAGCCUCCUCACUCACCUGGACCAAGUGGACACGGCCAAGAAUCCGUGCAUCAGAGAGGCCCGCCGCCGCGCCGUGGUGGAAGUCCAAGCCAUCAUCACAUUCCUGGACCUCCGCGAGGCCCUGGUCUGCCGCCAGCCGGGCCCCAGUGAGCACCCGUCGCACCGGGCCGUGUGGCUUGUCCUGGGGAGCCUGUCGGACCUGCAGGCCCAGGUGCUGGGCUUCGAUGGCAAGCGGGCCGACAAGAGCUACAUGAUGCUGGAGGAGCUGCUGACCAAACAGCUGCUGGCGCUGGACGCCGUGGACCCGCAGGGAGACGAGACGACCAAGAUGGCACGGAAGCAGGCGGUGAAGUUUGCCCAGAACAUUCUCAACUACCUGGACAUGAAGACGGACGAGUGGGAGUAUUGACAGCGUGGACAGCGUGGCAGCCAUGUUGCUGGUCGGGCGGGGACGUCGCUUCAGGAAGGAAAUGAUAAUGUGUGUAAAUAAAAAAAAAAAAAAGGAAAAAAAAAGAAAAACUGGAACGUUAUCAUUUCACGGGCUGUAAAUAUUGACUCAAAUCCCCAGAAUGCACUGCAGCAGCGCUUUUCUUUUGUCUCUUGGUGGUAGUUGUGGCCGACCCUGCUGAGAAGUCAACAACACAGAACUCCCUUUGUGAAACACACUUUGAACAUUUAUUUUGUGCUUUUUGAAGGUUUUCUUUUUAACUCUCCCGUGUUUGUGUGUGUGAGUCGUUGUGGUAUUUGGUGUGUGUGUGUGUGUGUGUGUGUGUGUGUGUGUGUGUGUGUGUGUGUGUGUCGUCGAAGCCUGCUGCUGCCAAAGCACUAAAUAAUGCCUGUUAUAGUGGUCGUCUUCUCCAGACUGCGCUUGAUAUUGAUGAAUUACCCGAGUGUGAUGGAUUGCUUAGCAGUGGCUUCCCAGUUUGGCCUGAUUAAUCUGACUUGUAGACAACCAAUGCAUGUGUUAAAUUCAGUGACCUAAUUAGGGAGAGUCGUCCGGUGCUACCAUGAGAGUAGGGCUCGGUCCAGAUCAGGGUACCUGUUGGUACCCAUUUUGGCCUUUAAAAUAUCAAAAGGCAUCAAAUAAUGUCAAAUUACUGGAGCAUUUUUCUUUUAUUUUGCUGCAGUUUUGUAUUGAAAUCAAAUUUGGCGCGAUUCCAUUUGGCAAAGCAGAUGGUGUGAACAAAUGUUAAAUGGGGAAUUAAAUUUAAUCUGCAGUGAAAUGUGCUUUUAUGCAAUUGAGAACAAUAUUUGGGGGCAUUUUAGGAGCAGCAUCAGAGGUGAAACAUUAGAGGCAGAGCUGAGGCGUGUGCACAAACAUCAAGCUGGUAUCGAAAGCCAGGAAAUCUGUGUUUAAACAGAGACGUAAUUAGAGAGAGAACAGUGGGAGUGUGCAUCGUUGAUGCAAGGUCACUCUCCACUCCUGCGUGACCCUGUUUAUCCCCUCAGCAUUUGGUCCGUGUCUCUGGUAGCGCUCCAGUCCACACGGCUGUGGCAAACUCCCCAGAACUCUGCACACCACAGCUGUCGUGGGCAUCCGGGUCAAACGAGACAAAAGACGAGCCUCGUUACAACUGAGAUACAGAAGCGUUGAUUUAAAAAAAAAAAAUAAGUUUGUGUUGAGAUGUUAUCUUGUGAGGCAGCCUGCCAGCUAUGAGCAGGAUGUUUGAAAAGAUUAAAGUACCUUUCCCCUCGCUGCUCGUGUAGCUGUUGGUCUGUAAUAUGCUUCAAUUUUUUUAUUUUGUUGUGACUUUGUAUGAUCGCACCAGGCUAUAAAUGGAUCUGGUUUGAAUUCAGAGAUAGAGGGAGAGGAGGCAAAUUUUUUGUGCUGUUGCCGCUGCUUUUAGGUUUUUGUUUCCACCCACUGCUUUCUACUGACGGAGAAGUGCGACUGUGAGAGGCCCAUGGGGAGAGGGGAAGAGGAAGGGAGGUUGAGGCGGUGAUAUCCAGCGGAUUGACACAUCAAGGCUGAAGCUCACAGGGACGACAGUCGGGUCCUGUGCGGUAGAGAGUAUUGAUGGUGAUCGCAGUCGACAGAGCCUUCUAGAAACUUCUCAGAGCUGCUGCUGCUCGAGACUGUGGGAGGGAGGGAAAGGACUGGAAGAGGAGUCCAAAUUUCUGUGCCUUUAUUUUCACCCUUUCAUUUGAACCGGUUCGUGUAAAAGCAGCCUUGUAGUGCAGCGACUGAAUAAGCAGCAAGCAGCUGCUAAUUUGUUUUGAUACGUAUCAACGCUAAAGCAUUGAAUGUGUUUAUGGAGAGCACCUUGGCCGUUAUCGCCACAAGGAACUUGCACUACUUGUCAGAAAUUUAGGCUUUUUCAAAUCAGUAGUUAUUCCCUGAUAAAAGACUUAUAGGUGGUGAUGUUCUGGUCAGUAAUGUGUGGUAAACACAGCCUGACAACACUCCUUGCAGCAGGCCAUAAAAUGAGUCACGUUGUGCUUUAACAACUGCAAACAGCCACGCUGGUGGGGCCGAUCUUUUGCUCUCACAAGCAAGUUCAAGUUAGCUGAUUAAAUUAUUCCGCAGCUUCCUGCUGACCUCUAAAAGUGAUUAAACCCGUCUUGAAGAUUUUUGAGAUAAUUUCUGCAGAAGAUUUAGGAUUUCAAAGCUCCUUCUUGGCGUUGGAAAUAAACCCUCAUUUCGCAGCUGCUCCUGAGCUUUCAGUCAUAUCACAUGAUCUUUAUCAGCAGAAAGAGUUUGCCCAGUGUUCGUGAAAAUGAGCAUAAUUAAUGUCUUUAUGUUAACAAGGGAUCAAAUGGUGUGCACAUAAAAAGGAGUCACACACAGCGAAUUAUCACCUGGCUCUGUAGUUCCCCAUUUUAGCAUCUUUCAGCUCAUUGUUUUGGUUUUCCAGCAAACUUUACUGUUUUGGGUCACUCUCACCAGCGUCGUUUCCAGCAGCUGUUUAUCAGCAAAAAAAGCUCUGAUAAAUCCACCGUACACUAUGAAAAGUAACUUGGUUUUAAAGUGAUAAUAUGUUAGUGUUGAAUUUACUACUUGUUAUGCUGCCUCCAAGUGGUCAGUUUAUACAGGUUUAACAAUAGGAAUUCAGACAAUUUCAUUAACAAAGAAUGAAACUUAACUUUUAGGCCAAAAUGGAUGAGAAGCAGUUAGAAAAAACAUCCACACUUGUAUGAUAAUUGGGGAAAGUUAUGUUUUGUGAAGGUUUGUUUUCGCCACUCAAAGUUCAAUAUAUUAGUUAAAAGUGUGGUUUAAUCUUAUAUUUAAUGUUAGAUACAUCUCACUAACAAUAUAUUAUCAUUAUAUCAAACAAUUAAGACUGAAAUUUGUACAUUUUUAAAUUUAGCAGUUACUAAAUGGACAUUUUUUUGUGAGAGUUUUUAUUGUCAGCUACUGUUCACAAGGUCAAGAAUUAACAUUCAAGAGAAGUAUUUAAAGUACUAGAAGUGAAAAGAAAUUUACUAGAAAUAUAAAGUAGAAGAAAUUUGAAAAACUAAGUUUGCAUGACAGCUGCUGGUUAGGGUCAUGUGAUAUGAUGGAAAGCUCCAGAACAGCUACUUGGUGGACCUGGAGGUGAGAUGUUUGAUCAAGAAGUGGAACAUUUGUUUGGCUUUAUUCUUUUUCACACUCGCCAACUUGCUCAUGAAUUAAAAAUACUUCAGCAGGAAAGAGGGAAGCUUUGUAUCUGAUUGGAGGUUGACAGCUGACGAUCAUGAAAACGUUAAGCCGAUGCCAACGGUUCUUGGCCGACGAGAUUUUUAAUCAGCUGACUGUCCUUGUUCUUUCAGUUUUCCUCUUAGACUUAGUGGUUGCUGGUUGCUCGCAGUGCGAACGUAAACUAAAGGGUGAAAUGCCUCGAUAGUUGCCCUGCAACACGUUGCUCACAUGUGAUUAAAGCAACAAAGCUGAUGCAACUCUUUGGGGCUCUGCUGCGAAGAAGUUUGUCCUGUGUGUCACUGCUUUUUGAAAACACAAAACCAUGUUCCAGUGAACUCCCACAGACCCUUUUUGUAUGUGCAUUAAGCUGCUGUUGGGAGCCUUUUUCUGGCACGUAGCCUGCAGCUCGGCCUCCUGGGUAUGGAGCUGACUCAUACGGGAGUAAAUUAGAUUAAACAGUGUUCAUUAAACAUCGUCAGCCCGCCUGGCUGCUGUUGCAACAGAUGCUUUCUCACAGCGAACCUUAUGCUCUCGCAGACCAAACCAGCCCGGACACACCUUAAGUUCACAUGCUCUCUUUUGUAUGCAGUAAUAUAUAUAAAUGUACAUUUCAUCCUCGCAGUUCACUGCAUUUCUCUAGAUUGCUUCUUUUUUUAAACAUUUAGUUGAAUAAUUUAUCAAAAGCUUUACACUAUAUGAGGAAAUGUUACUUGGAUCUUUUUCUGUUUUGUCAUCGUAAUGUCUCGAAGCCUCUGUUUUGUUUUGUUCAUUAUUAGUGGCGUCUUCAUGAGUGGGCACACUCCAUUAUAAAUGUAUUCUCUGUGGUUCACAAGUACAAACUUAAAGAGGAGGAUGGCAGUGAGGUAAAGCACCAUUUUUUAAAUGUUUUUGCUCAAGUGAAGGUCUUUGUUAGAAUCUAUGCCAGCGAGAUGCAGCAAGCAACCCUUCAGAAAUAUAUGUAGAUUUAAAGUAGAUUUUAAAAAACAAUUUUCCUUCUGAAUUAAUAAGAGUUGGAAUUGAUGACAGUGUUUUGAUGCAUUUACACAAGAAAGGACAAUGGAUUUUAUUGGACCAACAGAAGGCGUUUACGCAUUUCUACGUCUACUAGGAUGUCCCUGUGUGAGUGUGAGAGUUUGUCAAAUGAUUGGUUUGUACAUAAGUCAGGUUUUGGAAAAGUCACAGAGCAACAUUUUAAAGAAUAAGGCUGCAGAUAUUCUUGUCUAAUUGUUAAGCACCUAAUAUUUACAAUAUUUUAUUCUUAAAUAAUGGCCCAGUAAUGAACAAAAACAGCUGAUACUUUAGUUUUUAGCAAACACUACUAAAUAAAAAAAAAAAAGUUCUUUUGAACUCUUGGUCUGACGAAGCCAACAGAACCACAUUCUGAGGUCCUCAAACCGGACGCGUCCCCAGGAUGUGCCUUGAGGUCCUCCCCAUGACCAUCCUGUCCGGUGUUAUUGAUGUGUCUUUAAUUGUUUUCGGAGAACAAUGGAGCUCAACGGCACAGAGGAAUAAGAUUUUUAGCUUUGUUCGUGGGAUUUGUUGACAAGAAAAAUAAGAUUCUUAUUCUUUAAAAACAGCUUCAUGGAGUCGACUCUGAUCUCGAUCUGAUGAUUUUGGACAAUUCCUUAAAUACCCUUUUCUUUUUAAAGAACAUUAGUCUGUUUUCUGAGAUGUAAUUUAUUCCCCAAAUAAGUGGCAUGGAUAGGUUUUAAAAACUGACGAGUGGAUUGGGUUUGAUAAAUUUAAAUCAGUAUUUAAACCUUUUAAUCCUAAAUUAAACUAAUCUGUUUUUUCAGUUGCUCCUGCCUGUGUUCUCAGUCCCUUCCACUCAGAUGUUUUGUAUUCCCCAACACACAGCUGGACCGUUAAAAGCAGCUCGAGGUCAUCUAGUGUGUCUGAACUUUGUGGCACUGGAGUCCAUUAGUCUUUUAAAGAUUCACAUCCAGUGGGAACUGAAAGGACUUCUAUCAGCCCUUUACAGAACGACGCAUUUACAUCAAACAUCAAAUGGAUUAAGUGGCUUUUAGAUUUAGAGGUUUAAAGAUUUAUUUUUCCUGCCCCUGUAUUGAAUGUAGUCAUUGAGGAAUGUUUUGUCUUUUCUUUUUUGACCUAGUACCAAAGUUGAUUUCAGUAAGGAGAGAUCAAUCAGAAAUUACACUAAUGAAGAACUGAGAAACAACAACUUGUGACCAUAUGUUGAUCAUGGCUGCUAAGAGGAAGGUUGAGAGUUGUAAAAUCUGUCAACAGAAUCUGUAUUAAAAGAGAAACUUAACACCAGCUGAAAACCUUUUUCUUAAUGCACCCACAAGUGAUGCUGGGUGCAACAAACGCACAACUUUUAACCAGAAGAGGUCAAUGAAACAACGCUUUUGAGCUUGUCGUCGGCGUUUAACGAUCUGCGGCCAGUUGCACCAGCUAAAGUUUGACUCAACACUAACUGCUACGUUUUUAACUACUUACUGAUGUUGCAACUUAACAAUCUUUAUCAAAACAUUGGGCAUCAUGUUUGACGUAUUCUUAUUGUAAAUCUCUUUUACUGUUUUCCGAGAUGUUUUGUCAUACGAGCCUUUCGAGUCGUAAUUAGCGAACCCUUGUUACUAAACACACUCGCCUGAUGACAUGAUCAUUAACACAAGUUUACACUAGUUUAAUGCACUGUGGCGUAAUUUUAUGAAUGCUAAAACCAGGUGUCAGAUAUAAAUAACAGAAAAGUCCCAGUAAGGAGGGUUUGCCAGAAACCAGAUUUACACCCAGUGUUUGUUUCCCGUGCAAACAAAAAGUCAACAUUGAUUGUUUUUAGUUAAAUUACGUGGCUAAACCUACGUAAGUAACAUAAUUAUCCGUAACCCAAAUCAUGUUGUUUUCCCUAAACCUAACCAAGUAUUGUUGGUGCCUCAACCUAACCAAAUUGCAACGUUUCACAACGUUGACCACUGGUGUUAUUUUGAAAGUCUAACCGGAUGUUUCAUAUUUAUUAUUGCUAACUUGACCACGGAGCCCUACAUGUACAAAAAUUGGCACUAACGGGGUUCCCAGAGUAUUAAAAAGCAACGGCAACUGGUCUUGACCAAGCGUCCAUAUGUGACGAGCUGGGAGCCAGAAUGUGUUGGUUUCUUAGAAAUCAGCAGACAAAUUUUAGUAUUUUAUCAGGAAACGUGUUUAAGAACAAAUCUUAGGGUUUGGUUACCCUGGAACAAAGCUGUUUGCAGACUUAAGCUAAGUUAGCCAGCUGCAAGCGGUAGCUUCAUGUUGAACAUAAAGACAUGAGUGGUAUUGAUCUUCUUUCCCAAAAUGUCAGAUUAUUCCAUUAAAUUAUAUUUUCAGUCUACAUUGUAACUACGGUCAACCUAGGCUACGUUUACAUAUAGCUGGUACAACUUCCCGCUGAAUCCAGCAUCGACGGUUCAAAGCAGCAUUUAUAAAAGAGUCUGGAAAUGUUUGAUAGAAAUCCACCAAGAGGGAAACGAUCUUCCUUAAUGAGCUUUAGAAACAUUAUUUUAUUUAAGCGCACUUUCUUAUGUUCCUUAGUCGCUGUUAUUACUUUGCCUUUCUGCAAACGACAGGAAUGUGUUCUGUGACUGAAAAGUUUUUUUUUUCCCCAGAUAUGUUUUCUUAAGUCGCCUUUAAAUGCAUUGAUUGUGACAGGCUUUUGCUGUUUCCCCUCCGAGACGCGCUUGUACAAAAAGCACACUGAGACAGGAAAAAAAUAAGCUGUGUGAAUGCUCCAUGGAUGGUUGUGUUUUGAAUUUGUAUUCCCACUGCAAAAUAAAGACUGUGUGUCUUGAU